AUGCUUCGAUACAAUGGCGGUUCAGACUUACCCAAGUCAGAGUCUGAGGCCAAGAAGCAUAUCGCCAAAAUCCGGAAGGCCAGGGACAAGGAUAAGAAAUCAGGAAUCGCGGGUAUGAUGGACAAUGCCAUCGGCAUUCUAUCAGAUGAUCUGUAUCAAAAGCCUUCACACUUUAUCCUCGAAUUUCUACAAAACGCGGACGACGGCAACUACGAAGCGUCUGAACCAACUCUAGUGAUCACAUUACAGGAUAAUACUGUCCGCUUCGACGCCAACGAGGUCGGGUUCACUCGCACCAACGUCGACGCUUUAUGCAGCUUGGGCUCAAGUUCCAAGGUUCAGUCGGACCAAGCAACUGGCCACAAGGGCAUUGGGUUCAAGUCCGUAUUCAAGGUUGCCGACAAGGUGUGGAUCCAGUCAGGCCACUACUCAUUCAAGUUCGAUGCCAGAGAACGCUUGGGGACUGUGGACCCUAUCUGGACCAAAUUUCCCGAUGAAGGGCGAGAAGGAUAUACAUCGAUCCGUCUCCGGUUGCUACCUAAGCUGAAUCUGUUGGCUUUGGCUGAUGAGCUCUUGAAGCUCGAUGCGCGGCUGUUGCUGUUCCUUCGGAAGAUCCAAUGUAUAGAAGUCCACGUUAUCCCAGAGAAGGGCCAGAGAGCUCGUCCUCCAAGGGUGCUGAAACGAAAUGCGGACUCUAGAAUUCCGGAUGGCUUGCAAAGAUUCACGUUGAUAUCAGACUAUGCAUCAGCGUUCCUAGUUUCGAGUCAUCGCACUACUAAACUUGGGAACGACAAUAGAAGGAAGGGACGGAAACACUCGGACAUUCUCCUUGCAUUUCCGGAGGUGUCAUUUAGACAACCACCUACGGCGACUCAGAACGUUUAUUCCUUUCUACCCAUCCGGAACUACGGCUUCAAGUUCAUCAUUCAGGCCGAUUUUCUCCUCACUGCCAGUCGAGAGGACAUUGACAACUCGUCUGACUGGAAUAUCAAGCUGCUUGAUGAACUUCCCCAGGCCAUGCUCACAGCGAUCAAGCGUUUCAACUCCCGUCGUCUUUACGACGCAUGGCUCCCCUACCUCAUCUUUGACCACAGCCAACCAGGCUUCUUCGAGAAUCUUGGGCAAGAGAUCCUCAAAUUGUUAUCCAAGCAGCCCAUCUUGAAGUCGAUAACUGGCGACCUAAAACCUCCGUCAGAGCUGACUCGCAUCCCGGCGUCUCUGGCGGACACGGACGGCAGCUCCAUGAUACCUCGGGGCUUCUGUCCCUACACAUUGGUCUCGUCCGAGUUGUCAUCUCAGUUCACAGGUGCACUAGAUGGCCUGGGCGUCAAGACCCUUUCCAGCGAUGAGUUCCUCAGUGAAAUCUCAUACUUCAUCCCGAAGUUUCCCAAGGUCUUUCAAUCCCAGCCUUCAUACUGGCACUCCCGACUCGCAUCUAUUCUCCUUCGCCUUUGCGGUUCGCCGGAGUACAAGGCUCAGAUUGCUGAACUGCGAAUUGUUUUGCUCCAAGACGGUCGAUGGGUUACCCCUGAUGCCGGUCAACUUCUAUUACCUCUGAGAUCCAGCGUCGGGCCGGUUCCAAAGGGCAUUUCUGCCAUGGAAGUCCACCGUGACGUCGCUGAUGAUUCUUUCCGUCUUCGACUGGUUCAGGAAUUCGGAGCGAGAGAGUCCGGGCUCAGGAUGGUCUGCGACAUCAUCACCAAGGCUCACGAGGACAUGCCCUUUGUCCCGCAAACCGUUGACACAGACGAACUUGUCUCCCACAUUGUCUUUCUGUAUCGUGCUCGAUGGGUCCGGACCUCGGUCUCCACGAAGAUCUGGUUCGUCGCGGAAGAUGGCAGCCGUGAUCGGGGCCAUCGCAUGUACGUCGACUCAAAUUCGGAGUACUCUGCCGGCACCGUCUUUUCCGGAAAUCAUAGAUCCAAGUUCCAUUUCUUGCACGCCAAGUAUGAACUCGCUUUCUCGAGAGUCCGAAGCAAUGAGAAUCCAACACAUUGGAAGAAAUGGAUUCGCGAGAACUUUGGUGUUGCGCAUCUCCCCCGUCUAGCAUCAACAAUCUCCGAAGACAAGAAGAGCUUUAUCUUGUCGAGGGACUUUCGGUACCUGAUGGAUCGCCAGUCUUCGAAGAUAGUCUUGAGUGUCCUGAAACACAAUUGGAGCCACUACUCUCGUUGGAUUCAGGAAACACCCACUGAUGCGGCCGAGAAGGAUAAGAAGCGGUCGAAAGAAAAAUUGCGACAUGAGUUGUCCUCCUGGCGCGUUCAAUGUCGUGGCGGCCCAUUUGUGCAGCUGAGAAAGACAUGUCUUCCACGCAAGAAUGUACUUGUUGGACUGGGUCUAUGGGGAUACUCAUCUGGCAUGCAGGGUCAUUCUCAGGGCUACCCCCUUCUCGACAUCUCUGAUCCGGAGGAUAAUGGCUGGGACUUUUUGCAACAUUUCGAUGUCAUUGUGGAGCUGAAGCCAGUGCACUUCAUAACUCGAUUGCUGGAGCUCCGACGAACCGACACCACUAGGGCUGCAGUCUCCGUACUGUAUGAUCAGAUCGUUACUUGUGCAGAUGAUAGUCAACUCGGAGCCAUCAGGAAAUCCUUCGAAGAGAAUAACCUCAUCUUCAUUCCAUCAACAGAGCAUUGCCCUAGUCGCUGGGUUGGCCUGGAUGAAUGCACCUGGGAAGGCUUCACCUGUCUCCGAAAGAUCCCCGACUUGAAGAGACAUUACCCUUCUCAUCAACAUGAGACUCUAUUCAGAAAGUACCUCAACAUUCCUAUCGCAAACCUCAAGACGCUCGUAUCCGAGAUUCAACAAGUCACAUCUUCUGACUCGUUGACUUACCUCCGCGACCUCUUCAUCACGACCAGCAGACGCAUGGACGCCGCCACAGUGUCUGAAUACCACGAUGCAGCCGUUGUCGUACAGCUGGGCGGAAAGAAGAUUUGGCCCAUCAGGAAAUCAAGCUCGAGCGACGGCUUUGAGAGCCUUAUGGCCAACGACGACGUGUGGUACAUUCCUGACCACGGCCACCUGCGUGAGACCUUCUCCGAUAAACUUCCCUUUUUGGCAUUUGAUACUGCUACGCUGGCUCAACUUGAGGAGUUGUUGCGCCCAUUUGGCCUGAAUAGGCGAAUCAUCUCCAAGGUGGCGACUUCAAAGACUAGCACGAUGGGAGAAGCGCCUUGCAUGGUCGACUACACCAAAGCGCUCACGGCCAAAGCAGAGUUCAUAGCCAGGCUUGUUCCCUUGGGUCACGCAGACAGGAGCACUAUCUUGCGCCGUCUGGGUGCGAUAUGCGUCUAUCAACCGCAGAAGGUAUCCGUGCAAUGGACCGUCGUCACCCAGAUCGCAGACAUCGUACAUGGCCAUGAAGAAUCUGGCCGUGUAUCAGUGACGACUAAGGAAGACGGACUGGAUAUCUAUCUCGUUCCUGAAGACUCCAACAUCUACUGCCCUCCCUUGGAACUGACGGAAGAGCUAGCCGCCUGCUGUGGCAUUACAAACCCUGAGCACGUCCAGCUCCUCACACACAUUCUGGUGCAGCAGGAUGUCCAGAGAAUCUCGAGUGACCUUGAGAGAAAAGGCAUACCGAAUGAUCUGGAGGGAUUUGAGAACACAAAUGCACAACUUCGGGAACCUUCGUCCGUGGAUGUCAAGAUCUCGAGUUCUUUUGACGGUCAUUUAGACAGUCUGAGCUUGCAAGCCCAACCACUGACCAACGACAGCAUCGAACGAGUUCCCUCCCCUGCCUCGUAUAUAGCGAGGACUGCAGAAUGGGAUGAAGUUCAGAAGCGCUACAGACUUGUCACCGUUGGGCCUAAGACCAGGUCUAUCAAAUAUGGAGUCACAGCAUUGUCGGUGCCAGAGUCGUUUGCAUCCGGCAGCCAUAGCGAGAAGGAAGAUAACUUCAUCGGCCAGCUCUAUGUCUCAAGUUUCCUAAGAGAAGUUGUCGGUGAUGGGUACAAGCCUAGUGUUCACUGGACAAGUCCUCUCAGAAACAUGGCGGGCCACAGGCCAUUCCAAGACGAUGCUUCAGAUACAUCCACCUUCACCGUGCAAGACAAGGAGGGCCGAUUGAGGCAGUUUCUGGCCCAACAAGGGUUCCAAGAUAUCGAGUCGUUGGCUGACUCUGUGAUCUUUCACAUCGAAACCAUCGUUUCUGACGAGUCCCUCUACUCUGGUUUUACACUCAAUGCGCAGCAGGCGAAAAAGGCCGAAAGAUUGUCUUUGACCCGGCCCGCAAACAUUCCGUUGACUGAAGUGUUCAUCUUGGCGGUUGUGUGCAAUCUCCGUGACGAGCCUCGAGUUGCCUUCUUCGAUGAUCCGUGGCGACACUAUCAUGACGGAUCCCUCUCACUGGAAGCACCUAGUGGCUAUUGGGCCCGUUUCAACGAGACCGCACGUCCCCUUCAUAUCCGAAGCGGUGCAAAUGUUCAGACUGUGUCGUCAGAGGACCCCGGCUGCUACAAGUAUCGAGAGCUCCGCCCGGGGGAAACGCGACUCUUCAAGCUCUCUCCUGGAAUGGAUGACGAACCCCUGAAAGGCACUAUCCACCACGUCUUGGCCGACUCUGACGAAGAUUAUCGAGCUCUGUCCUACGUCUGGGGUGACAUCAGCUCGUCCCUGGCGCCGCACUUUAUCGAGACUCCCGAGGGCGCCCUUCAGAUCAGCUUUUCUCUUCAUUCUGCAUUGCGGGCAAUCAGAGACCAAACCGCUGAUACGAUGCUAUGGAUUGAUGCUAUUUGUAUCAACCAAGCGAGUGUGACAGAGAAGGCCAUACAGAUCCGCCUCCUGAGCACAAUAUUCCAGUCAGCCACGCAGGUUGUGGCUUGGCUUGGUCCAGAGGAUCAGAGUCAGAACGGCGACAUCGUGAUCGAGAACCUCAAAAGCAUCACCAACUUUGCGCAGCAGUCAGGAUCUACAUACUGGUGCACGUUUUUGGACAGCAUAAAAACCAAGAAUGAGUCUCGGGGUGGCAAUAUUGACACUUGUGCCGACUUGGAUGCCUUCUUGGCUAGACCUUGGUUCAAACGCGUGUGGAUCGUGCAGGAAUUGGUGCUGCCAACCAAAGUCACUCUUGUCUGUGGUAGAUCAACGAUCGACUGGGAUGAGUUCUUUGAGGCUAUCCAGCUCUGCGAACGGGGACGCAACUCGGGAGGUGGUCAUCACACCGACGAUAUUCUGGUCCUUCAACACGCCAGCCCCGCAUACGCAUUGGGGAUGGCACGAAAGUCACUCAGAGAAGGUCGUAACAAGUUUGCCUUCCUCCGCUUGUUGGACAUGUUUGCCCACUGCCAGGCCACCAAGCUGGUCGACAAGCUGUUCGCACUUCUUGGUCUUGGCUCUGACUGCAGUCAGCAAGAGUUCAACCCGGAUUACGACUCAACUAUACAGCAGGUCGUUCAACGAUACGCCGCCUGCUUUGUGCAGAGAGGCCAGGGUAUGGACCUGUUAUGCCGAGCCGGAAUGAACAAAUCGUACGGCUUUUGUUCAUGGAUCCCUGAGUGGACAAGACACAGCUUCCCUCAGACGAUAUCAACAUGGGAUGCUGCGAAGGGCACAUUCUACGCUGGGAGGCGGGAGCAUCCAACGGCCCAGGUGCGAGAGACAUCCGACUCUGGCCUGUCGGUGCUGCAAAUCAGUGGUCUCUCAGUUGACAGAAUCACAUCCGUGGCCACAAUCAGAGAGAUUGGCAAGGACGGGGCCGACUACUUUGGUCCCGCAGACAACUUCCGUAACUUGAUCGAGUUUAUUCAUUCAUAUCCCUCUGGGGAGAGCAAGACCAGCAUUCUUCUCAGACUCCCCAUUGGAGACGCAAGAAAGCCUCACCUGGAGUCGACCACAGACCGCCUCCGAGCAUACCGAGACUUUGUGAACCAGGAGACAAAUGACUGGCCAGAUAACUUGGAAGAGCUUGUGUGGGGAGAAAAAAAGAGAUCACCUGAGGAGGACAAAGUGGUUAAGCAAUACUGGCAGACUUCACAGGCGUUCAUGAACAGAAUCUCAAAGGCUGUUUUCUGCAGGACUGAGAAGGGCUACGCUGGUCUAGUGCCGGGAGGAUCACAACAGGGCGACGAAAUAUGCACAUUUGGUGGUGGCAAGGCACCGUUUGUGCUCAGGAAGCGCAUAGGGGCGGAGUAUACGCUAGUGGGCGAGUGCUAUAUACAUGGCCUUAUGUAUGGCGCUGAGAAUGUACAAGGAACUCAGGAAAGGCAGUUUUGUAUUGUAUAA